UACACCAGACGUGUACAUUGACCUUCCGAACGAAGUCGAAGGUUUUUUGAGGAUGUAUUUUUUAAGUGGUAUCGUGAUAACCAUUUUCAUUCAAGUAGGGAUGCUGGGAGCUCCGCCUCAGUGCCAUCACGGAUGGAUUUACCAUAAUAAUUCAUGCUACUUCCUAUCCAGAGAUACGGAAACAUGGGUAGAGGCAUUUUCAUACUGUGAAAUAUACGACAGUCAGUUGGUGUCCAUAACAGAUGUCAACGAAAACGAUUUCCUGAAGGCGGAGCUGCGCAAGCGCCAUACCACCGGUAAUCAAUUUCCACGUUUCGAUUCUGAUUUGAACAUCUGCUAUUUCACGUCCGGAACGGACGCACCUGUAGAAGGACACUGGGAAUGGACGCCUACUGGCGAUCCCUUUACAUUCACUGACUGGAAAGUUGGGGAGCCAAACAAUAGUGGCGGCAUGGAGAACUGCCUUUGCUUGUACAAGGCACAUGGUUUCCAAUGGAACGAUCGGAACUGCCAUAGUCAAGACCAUUUUAUUUGCAAAGCACAGUCAUCUUAUGGCUCCGAAAUAAUUGGAUGAAAGCGGUUGUUUUGCUGACGAUGACAUUAUUGACCGUGCGCUUAUACCUUUUUCUGUUUGUACUUCUCUUUGUGUUUUAAAUUCUGU